AUGGAAUCAAUAACAAAUCCUCUAUAUUUUUUCACUGGCUCAAGCUCAACACAAAACCAUAGUUCAACCUCAUCAAAUGUGAUACGAUUCAUAGAUAUUCUCGAUUUCUUUUUUAUUGCUCACCCUGCAUCCGGACGAAAAGAAGGCGAAGAACACAAACGAAUAAUGUAUUUUCAUCCAAAAGGCGAAAGCGUGGAUCGACAAACUGAAGUGACUGGUUUCGCAGAAGCUGUUGUUAAUUUCACCGAUAAUUUCUUGACUUCUCGAGAAAUCAAUUCACACGAUUCGGAUAAUUUUGAUUAUCGAACCGUAUCAACGCAAAAAACUGAACAUGUUUAUAUUCAAAUUGAAGACAAUAAUUUUCUGAUGGGAGUCGCUCUAUCAAAGUGAGUUUAGACUUACGAUAAGAAUUUAUAUGACGUUUUGUUUAGGCAAUUGGCAAAUGUUUCGGAAUAUCCUCUUUUUCAACCAGCAAUUCGAAGUAUUCUCUGUGAUGCGUAUAAAAUGUUUCGAAUGUUUUUUGGAACAUAUUCUUCAUUCAAGUAAGUUACUGUUUUCUAGGAGAAUAAGAUGUUGAAAUAAAGUUCAGAAAUUUUCACGCGUUUAAAAAUUUAUGUAUUUAUUUAGUUCACGCGUUUAAUCAGAAACAAUAUAAUUAUUCAUUUUAUUUUUUCAGUCAUCAAGAAAAUGACAGCAAAUUCAAAGAUCGUCUCGAUUUCUUCUUUUCUCGAUCUGUUCCACUUCUCAAAUGCCAUAAAAUGCCAUUAUUAGAUCAUCUUGGAGGUGUUGAAUUUCUUCGAAUGUCUGGUCCACUUUAUCUAAAUGUUGUUUCAUUAAUCAAUGAAUUACAAGAAGAAUUCCAACAAAUCGAUAAAAUAAUGUUUCUUUAUCAAGACAAAUUAUUAUAUUAUCAAUUAUCACGACGAGAUCUUCCAACUAUUUUUCGAUAUUUGACUCAAAAUCUUUUGCCGAAUUCAAUUGGACCAGAAUUAGAAGGAGCAAAUAAUCGAGCAAAGGGAAGAUAUUUGAGAGGACCAAUUGAAUUAUCAACUGAUGAACCACUUUUAGGAGAUGAAAGUCUACCAGUUGUUCAUUUAUUUGAUAAUCAAAAUGGUGAAGAUGAAUAUUUACAAAGAUAUCAAAUGGUAAGAUAUUUUAGAUUAUUUUUUCAAAAAUUAUGAAUUUCAGUUGGUUUAUCGCUGUCUCAAUUCAACUGUUUGUAUGUUUGUCAAAUAUAAUACAGAAAAUACAAAUGUUAGCCGAAGAUUAUUAAGAAAUAUUGAUCAAUUUCUCGAAAGUGAAUUAUCUCAAGUUGCAAAUAGAAUUGGAGAAGAGUAAGUUUAAUUGAAAUUUAUGGCAGGGUUGCGGGGAUCCUAAUUUUUUCAAAUUCAGAAUUGGAAGUGAGGUAUCGGAGCCAACCGAUUUUCAUUAUAUUUAUUUCAAUCCAUCUUCUCUCUCAAUGACAUCUUCACUUUCUUCGAGAUCUUCUAGUAGUUCGAAAGUUGCAAUUCCUCCUGUUGAAGUCAAUCGGUAAGUUUUUAUGCAAAUUUUAUGGAAUAGGUUAUAUUUUUGCAGACUUGUAUGUGAUACAAUUGGAAAGUUUAUAUCCGAUUCUGAAGAGUUUGGAGAAUGUUUUGUUAAAUCGGAGACCGAUUGGUGGAUUGUAGUUAAAAAGGUAAUUAUUUUGGCGGGUGUUUUUUUCGAACUGUUAUAUAUAUUUUUUCUCAAUUUUUCAGGUGAAUUCUCGUCUUCUCGUAUUAAUUAUUCCUCCAUCAAGCAGCACUUCUUCUUUGGCUGAUAUUCAAUCCAAAACUUCUCACAUUGUUCGACACCAUUUUGAUGCCAUAUUUUUCACAUGA